CCUGCAGGGGGCAGCAGGAGCCUCCGAGCGGAGCGGGUUCAAACACAGACUUCGAGUCGUUGUCUGUAUCCUUACGUCUGUCGGGCCUUUCUUACGGGCUGCAAAAACAAUAUAYCUCUGGAUUUUCGUUCAAACAUUCGCGGAAAUGCCCUCGAUAAAACUGCAGAGCUCUGAUGGGGAAAUCUUCGAAGUWGACGUCGAAAUAGCGAAACAGUCUGUCACCAUUAAGACCAUGUUAGAAGAUUUGGGAAUGGAUGAUGAAGGAGAUGAUGAUCCAGUUCCUCUUCCUAAUGUGAAUGCUGCUAUCCUUAAAAAGGUGAUUCAGUGGUGCACUCAUCACAAGGACGAUCCCCCUCCUCCCGAGGAUGACGAGAACAAGGAGAAGAGGACAGAUGACAUUCCUGUAUGGGACCAGGAGUUCCUCAAAGUGGACCAGGGCACCUUGUUUGAACUCAUUCUGGCCGCCAACUAUUUGGACAUCAAAGGCCUGUUAGACGUCACCUGCAAGACAGUGGCCAACAUGAUUAAAGGCAAAACCCCGGAGGAGAUCAGGAAGACUUUCAACAUCAAAAAUGAUUUUACAGAGGAAGAGGAAGCCCAGGUACGCAAAGAGAACCAGUGGUGUGAAGAGAAAUAAAAGGGGAUGGUCCUGCCAACACUACCACACUGAAAAGGCUCGUCCCCGCUGACUGGUUGCACUGGCGUUUGUUCAUACUUGUUAAUAUUUACUUUUAGUAUAUAUUUGCCCACUAGUUUGCCCUGAUUUCUGUGUACCAAUAAAAGCAUGACCAUUUAAACUUCCCUGUAUGGUGUCAUUAACUUAAAGCUAAGAUACUGGUUCCUGUUUUUACACAAUAUAUUGUGCGUCAACAUAAUAUAUACAGUUUCACGUCUUUGUACCACCCCACAAAAAUCGAUUUUGUCUUUUUAGAUUUCUUCAAUUUAAUUGCUUUUUUUAUUUUAAACUGAAGGUGUUUUUUCUUUUAGUUUCACUGAAUUAAAUAAAACGACUUUGGAAAAAUGAGGGUGAAUGUUAUUCUUACUCUGUAAAUGUACGUUUUUGUGAAAUUAUGUAUAAGACGAACUGUUAAAGUGAAGUUUAUCUUCCGUUAUGCAGAGUUGAGUACAUUAAUGUUUGGCUUUGGAAACGUAGAUAAGCUUUUUUUUUUUUUGUUUUUUUUGGAAAUGAUCAAACACAUUUGAAGGAGUAAAUAAAACUUAUUGAAUGAACA